ACGACGAAGACGAUGGCAGACGUUCACGGGGCCAGCCGCGUGCUGCGGUUUGUGUCUCUGGCGGUCCUCCUGCUGGCCUUCAGCGCCUGCGAUUGGAGGCUGGGAUGCCGACAGACAACGGUGUGGCGGAUGGGGGUUCUGGCGGUGCUGCAAGUCAGCGUCCACGUGGUGCUCACUCUCAACAAGAUUCCUCGCUACUCUGGAUUCUUACCUGGAGAUCCAAAGCAAUUUUUACACUACACAGUAGCUCUUGUGCCUCUGAUUCUCUUUUUGUUGUCAUUCGCGUUAUGUUUCCAUUUUUUGUUGAUGAAUAACAGGGCGUUCAGCAGCAUACCCAUCGCCUUCGUGAAGACCAUCACGCUCAUGCUCGGCGAUCUCGAUUAUGAUGAUACAUUCGUGAGUGAUAGCAAUCCAGUCAGGUACGAAAUCUUGGCAAACGUCUUGUUUCUCGUGUUCAUUGUCUGCAUAGGUGGCAUCGUAAUGAAUUUCGCUAUCGGGGGCCCCGCUGAAGAGCUUUAUGAACUCAGGAAAGAAGAGCAGCUGAAUCGAGCCAUCGCUCAUCUCCAUAUUCACCUCCUCAUUGACGAGUGCGCGCCUAAACUACGUAGGAAAUUUGCGUCUUCUCUUAAACUGUACGAACGCAAGAAGCAUUUUUCAAUGUAUGUUUGUUCUGGGAUGUUUCAAGAGGGAAAUAAGAAAGCUUCUGAAGAGGCUCUUCAGCUGGCAAAGUUGACUGAUGAGGUGGCCGAGUUGAGGAGCAAUAUCCAACAACUUCUCUCUCAUCAGGGCAGUAUCAAGGACAAUCAUUGAUCAUGCCGAUUACCGAAACAACUAUUUGAUUACCGUGGUAACCAGUGUAGUAUCCGUACAUUGCGGCCCACUAACUUUCCUGCCCCUGCCUCUUAACAUAUAAACAUUGAUUGAGACGUAAAAAUUUUAGUGCUAAGCUUACUUAUGGACGUUAAACUCAUUUUAUGAUUGAUCAUUGAUUUUGAUUUAUUGAUUUGUAUUGAUAUUUAGUGUUAUUGAUAUUGAUAUUAAGUUAUUCGUGAUCCCUUUUUGCUAACGAGAACACAUUUGUUCAUGACAUUGUCCCCAGUCGCAAGUAUUGUAGCAAUUAGAUAACAUUGUUAGUUUUAUAAUUCAUUGAUAUAAAAACUUAAUGUUGUUUUACAUAAAGUUUUCGUUCUAAAAAAUUUCAUAGAGUUUGAAAAAAUAAUAUUCGUCAUAUUUGCAUUGAUUCUUCGUCCUAUAACGAAAAUGAGAAAUUUUAAUCAAUCUUAAUUUGUAAACGUAUAAUUAAGAUGGC